AUGGCUGCCCAUAUUAUAACAGAUUCCCCUCCAUGCUUGACAGUUGGAAGGAGACAAUCACGAUCACACGCUUGUGCUGGUACCCUCCAAACGGAUACCCGUCCUGUUGUAAGGAAAAGUGUGAACCACGAUCAGUCAGACCAUAUUACUUUCUUCCACUUAUCAAUCCACCAGGUUUUAGAGAAAUAUUGGAUAUUAGGUGGAAGACGAACAGUUCGAAAAGUAUGGAAUAAUUGUGUCGAGUGCCGUCGGUUUAAAAGUAAAUCAUUUGUUGUUGAACCAUCUUUCUUACCUGCUGACUGUAUUAAAGAUGCCGCAGUAUUUGAAGUGGUUGGUGUAGACUUCAUUGAUCCUAUGUACUUUAAGCGAGGUGAUAAGUCUUGGAUUGUAAUCUAUGCAUGUGCCCUUUUUCGAGCUGUGCCUUUUGAACUAGUUUCUUCUCUUUCUCCUGAUUCAUUUUUGUUAUCAUUUCGACGUAAGGGAACAAAUUUCCGAGGUGCUUACAACGAGUUAGCGGCUGUCGAUUGGAAUGAAGUUUCACAAUCUGCCGAAGUACAACAGGAUGUGCCGGAUCUUACAUCAAUCACUCCAGCCAUGUUUUUAUAUGGUAACCCUACAUCUGAAACAACAGACUUGGAUGUCAUGGAUGGUAAUCAUCUUCAUAAAAGAUUGAGAUUUAGAGCAAAAAUGAUCCAAGUGCUGAGAGAGCGCUUUAGAAAAGAAUAUCUUGGACAGUUGGUUCAGCGCCAUCGACAACAUCCACAGUCUUGUAACAUACAGAUAGGAGAUAUUGUAUUAAUUGGUGAUGAUGUGAAAAAGCGUUUUCAAUGGUCUUUAGCCAGUGUCAUAGAGUUUAUACCCAGAAAAGAUGGACAUGUGAGGAAGUAA